UCCUAUUAACAGACAGUAGAGGGACUACCUGCUACCAGCCUCGAUGGCCCAUAUUUGGAGGUGGAUACAGAUGUACCUAUGAGUUCUCUGCUUUGAUCAGGGGCUAUAGAAGUCUUUGGCGGUCCAGCCACUACCAAGCAGUAAUGCCAUCGAACGCUAGAUUCUUUUCAUUCUUCUAUUACUCCCUUAGUUACUAUUAUGCAUGGAUUGAGAGAGAUGUCUUACCACGGUUCUACUGCUGUGGACUUGCUGGUGGAAACUUCUGUAGGCUUUACGAGCGACGUCGUCCACGGGCUCACUGCUUUGGAUAUAGGCGACCAUGGUGGGGAUGGUUUUGGGGUGACCCGCAUAUCAAUACUCUGGAUGGGAGGAAAUACACAUUCAACGGCCUUGGUGAAUACAUUACGAUGUCUUACAGUCACGGGGAUCCAUUCCUUUUACAAUCAAGAACUGGCAAGGCUUUUAACAACAGUGAACCCGUUGAGCACGGAACGGUCUUCAUAGGGUUCGCUGCUACACAAGAUGUCACAAAGGUUGAAUUCCAGCUGAACGACAACAGGACAGAAAUGAGUAUUCUUGUUAAUGGUUCCUCCAUUAAUAUGACAGAUUUCCUAAGCGAUGGAUAUGACUCACAGGAUCCGACUUUCAUCUUAUCCUCGGAUAAUGAGACCGAAUCCGAGGAUGAGAUCAAGGUCACCGCUCUCUUUCAACCAGAAGGCUAUUCGAGCACGUCCUUUACAGUGACCUAUAAGAAUGGGAUCUUGGAUAUUGGCGUCAUGGUUCCGCCCGAGUAUUCUGAAAACGCAACAGGGAGGGGCCUGCUUGGUAAUGUCAAUGGGGAUAAAACAGAUGAUUUUCUUUUACGGAAUGGAACGUUACUUACCGAUCAGCCCGGGAGAAAUCUAACAGAAGAAGAAAUAUACCAAUUUGGACAAUCAUGGAUGAUAACGGAGAACGAGUCAUUGUUUGAAUACGGUGAUAGGGACUGGAGUUACUAUAACCCAAGUAACUACACACCAAUAUUCUUAGACGCCCUGCUCGCCCUCGACCCAGACAGGACCAAUGAGGCCCGGGAGACUUGCGGGGAUGACGAAGCGUGCCUCUUCGACUUCCUCGCCGUCAACCCCGAAUUGGGAAUGCAGACGAUGGACACCGGGAACCAACUUGACAACGAACUCCUAAACCUUGAUAAUUUCCCUCCGAACAUAACAAGCGUCACAGAACCUACGGAAACAGAUGCACUACAGGAGGAUGACGUUCUCUUUGUUCAAGUGGGCGUGAAUGUUACCUUAGAGAUUACUGCACAUGACCCUAACGAUGAUGAUGACGUAUACUUUACUUUCAACGAUACAACUCCGGAUGGCGCCAAUAUCAGCGCAGAUGGCAUAUUCACCUGGACACCCACUAAUCUGAACGUCUCCUCCAUUGAGAUCAUCGCCAUGGACAACCGAGGUGCAGAGACUUCCCUCUCCUACAAGGUCCUCAUCUGUCAAUGCGAGAACGAUGGCCAAUGCGACUUCGAGAGCCAGGCCGAGGGACAGGACCUCAAUGCCAAUGGCUUUGCUGUGGUCACGUGCAACUGCACUAAUGGGUGGUCAGGUGACCACUGUGACGUAGACUACGAUGCAUGUGAGGACAGCGGGUCUUGUUAUGAGGGGGUUAUCUGCUACGAUGAGCCCCCGUCCUCAGAGGAAGAAUUCAGAUGCGGGUCAUGCCCGCUUCAGCUGACAGGCAACGGGAGUAUCUGCUUCGACAUCAACGAAUGUGCUGAAAAUGACACCAACGACUGUGACCAGACUUGUGAAAAUGAUUUGGGUUCGUACACAUGCUCUUGUAAACCAGGCUAUAGGCUUGGCCUUGAUCAACGUUCGUGUAUUGAGAUAUUCUGUACUGAGGAACUAAUGAAUUCCACGGGAUCUGAAAACUGUACUUGCGCGUCAGGCUUUGAACUCAUAAAUGGAUCGUGUACAGAUUUUGAUGAAUGCAAUGCUGGUGUAGACGAGUGUCCACCUGACAUAUCCACGUGUAACAACCUACCAGGAGAUUAUAAUUGUACUUGUCAUUCUGGAUAUGAAAACAUGUCCCCAAAUAAGUGUGAAGAUAUCAACGAAUGUGAACUUAACAUGGAUAAUUGCAACAGGACUGAAUUCGAUUGUGUUAACAUACUCGGUAACUUUUCAUGCGUCUGCAAGGAAAAUACAACAGAAGUCGAUGGAGUUUGUCUGGGUGCAUUGACGCUGUCACUCAACGUUCGUUUUUCAUUUAUCAACGGGCUAAGCGCUGUUACCUACCCAGAUACAAUUGGCUCCCUGGAAAAUCAGCAGAUAUUGGCGCGAGAUGUCUUGCGUUACCUCAACACAUCAUCAGAACUAAGCGAAGACACGUUGCAGGCUGUAUCUGUGCGGAACUACAGCUUGGCAGGAAGUUCUCUUCUGAUUUCCUUCCGGGUUGACAUAAAACCAGACUCGUCACUGACCGAAUCUAAUCUGGAAAAUAUUUUCAUGGAACUUCUUCCGAGUUCACGGCUUAUUGAACCAAACCAUUUAGUUACGCCCGAGGAUAUCAAUGAAUGUGAGCUAUCUACGGAUGUGUGUGGUAACGGUAACUGUACAAAUACAGACGGUAGCUAUUUUUGUACCUGUCCUGAAGGCUUCCAACUCGGAAACGGGGAUGCUUCUUGCAUAGAUAUCAAUGAGUGUCUCAGAGAUCAUGAAUGCAACCAAACGUGUAUCAACUCACCUGGAAAUUACUCGUGUUCUUGUAAUCCUGGCUUUGAGCUCGAUAAAGAUGGGUUUACAUGCAGUGAUACCAAUGAAUGCAAUGCAACAGACGUGUGUAGUAACGGGAAUUGUACAAAUACAUAUGGUAGCUACUAUUGCACUUGUGAUGAUGGUUUCACUGGAACUGGAAAUGAUUCUUGUACAGAAAUUGAUGAGUGUGAAUCGAACCCUUGCCAAAAUGGAGCGACUUGCAUAGACGGGGUCAACAUGUAUAACUGUACCUGCGCACCUGGUUAUACUGGAACCAAUUGCACAAUGGAAAUAAUCUCCACAACCAGCACCACAGAGGGCCAGUCAACUACAAUUACAACAAAACCAAGCACAACUCCUCCAGAAGAUAGUGGGUCGACAACUCUUUCUGUUUCUGAUUCUAUCACCAAUCCAACGACGAUCUCUUCACCAGAAACGUUCGUGAGCAUCAUAAGGAUUGAGAUCACAGCCAACAGACGAAAUGGUGAAGUUCUUGUAUUCACAGAAGAACUCAAUGAUCGGUCUACGGCCGCUUUUAUGGAUUUGGAAGAUGUCUUUUGCGGUGCGGUCUCAACGCAUUUGAAUGAAACUUUGAAUUCAGCUCUGCUCAUUAGUAUCACAUGUGAGGUAAUCUCUUUCCGAAAUGGUAGUGUGAUCGGUGAUCUUCGAAUCGGGCUUGGUGCACUAUCUCAGGAUUCUGCUGAUAGUCUUGCUGAAUCAGCCGCUGACAUAUCACUGGCGAAUGAGACAUUACCCUAUCUCGGUGGUUCUCUUUACGUUGAAGAGCUAGCCGUAGACAAAACGUUCGUGAGCAUCAUAAGGAUUGAGAUCACAGCCAACAGACGAAAUGGUGAAGUUCUUGUAUUCACAGAAGAACUCAAUGAUCGGUCUACGGCCGCUUUUAUGGAUUUGGAAGAUGUCUUUUGCGGUGCGGUCUCAGCGCAUUUGAAUGAAACUUUGAAUUCAACUCAGCUCAUCAGUAUCACAUGUGAAGUAGUCUCUUUCCGAAGUGGUAGUGUGAUCGGUGAUCUUCGCAUCGGUCUCAUUGCUUCGUCGCAGGUGUCCGCUGAUAGUCUUGCUGAAUCAGCCGCUGACAUAUCACUGGCGAAUGAGACAUUACCCUAUCUUGGUGGUUCUCUUUACGUCGAAGAGUUAGCCGUAGACAAUUCGGAUAAUUGUGAGAAUAACCCUUGUAGAAACGGAGGGAACUGCACGGAUGAAUUCAGCACGUAUAGUUGUGCAUGCCUAGAGGAUUACACAGGGAAGAACUGUUCAACAUUCUCUGGUAGGACUGGCCUAUCACCUGGUGCUAUUGUUGGAAUCAUACUUGGUGCUAUGUCGGGAGCUCUGAUAUUCGUUAUCUGCGCAUGUUUAAUAAUGGUUCAGAAAGUCCGUCGUAAUCAGGCAAAUAGGAUGGUGAUGGGGAUGCAGAAGUCUAGCAACUACCGCAUCUCAGACCACCGGCGUAUAUUCGGUGACCUAUGGUCGGAUCGUUCAUCAGACGAUUACUCGAUUGAAACUUCUCUCGAUCGUCGACAGUAUGAUAUCGGUAGGGCUGUUGAUCGGAUAAGACGAUAUCAAGGCAUGGAUAACCCCGAAAGUGAAAUAAGUUAUUAUCGGAGAUCCGGUGGUUUAGAUAACUUUGUUCUACCAUAUGUAGCUGAUGGAGAAAGAAGCAGUGCCAGCGGUGAGAGCGCCGUUGAACGGAACCCGUUAAGCUACAGCUACUAUUAAAACGUCCAAGCACUAUUUAUUAUUUUGACUCUGUUUGAUUUGCACUCAACUCAGAUAAAGAAUUAAGGUAGGAAUGGAUAAUUAUUUUUUCCGCUUUUCUAAUCAUCAAAAAUCAAACACGGAACUCGGCCCCGUGGUUCGGUUUAAGAAAAAAAAAACGAAAUCACAACCAUGCUGUGAUUUCGUUUUGAUAGAUUAAAAACAAAAAUAAUA